AUGAGCAGCAAACUCUGGGAAUUCUUCUUGCGAGAUGAUGUCGAGAGCUUCCGGCGGGUUCUGGCCAACGCCGGUUAUACCUCCGGCGACCAACGGGCUCCGGGAGGUGGAGGUAAUGGAGGAACAUCGUCCUUCAAGUUCGGAAGUCCCGGUGCGAUGAUUGCUUCGUCUCCUGGUCCUUCUGGAAAAAACAAGAGGUUGAGUGGCACUUCGCCAGGCACACCGGGUGCUGAUCGAGGUGGUGGCCCACGUCCCGGUACGACCUUAUCACGAGCGGAUUUGAACACACGAGACCUGCAAGGCAGAACGCUCCUUCACCUAAUCGCCUCAUCGCCUAAACCCACAGCAGUCGAUUUUGCGAGCGCUUUGCUGGAGAUACCGUUGGUGGAUAUAUACGCACAGGAUGGGGAGAGUGGGUGGACUGCUCUACAUCGAGCGCUGUAUGCAGGGAAUGCUACAAUUGCCCAAGCAUUGUUAGUGCGAGAUUUGCGCGAGGCUACUGACUUCAGUAAAGUGGGCAGUACCGGCCACCCAAAUGGAGGUUUGAUCAAGAUGAAAGAUCGAGAGGGAUAUAGUCCCUUUGAUGUCUACGGCGCCACCAUAAUGUCUCGCGACAUCAAACAAUUUGUAUCUCCAGCAACAGCAUUGGAUUCUACAAUUGCGACAGACCUUCAGGGUAGCGACGCUGCGUCCAAUGCGCCAUCACAUGAUGACCAGGAAGAUGGCGAUGACAUCUAUGCAGGAAGAAGUGCCUUGCAACCUCGCGUGAAUCUGGGUGCUGACGAAAUUUUCACGCUUGGUAGCAACAAAAACCUCAAUCUUGGUCUUGGAGACCAGGAUGACCGCCAGUUCCCAGAACGGGUCGCCCUCGAACGACCGGAACAUCUUUUACAGCGGUUCUUUCGGGAAUUCCGGGAGGAGCGAUCAGAUGAUGGACAUGAUAUGUCUGAUUCGUCAACAGAUCUACCGGUUUUGAUCAAGAACAAACCGGUGAAAUUCCAAAACAUGGUCAUGUCGAAGCUUCACACGGCGAUCCUCACAGAUGACCCCGAAUCCAACCUUUUCAUGUGUGGGUUUGGUCCAGGCGGCCGUUUGGGAACUGGAGACGAGUCUACCAGGUUUAGCUUCGCUUGUAUCGAAACAGGUGGUCUUGUAAAGAAGAAAGUCAUUUCCAUUGCUCUGGGCCAGGAUCAUUCGCUCGCAAUCACAGAGCAGGGCGAGAUCUUUAGUUGGGGAAGCAACAAGUUUGGCCAACUGGGCUACAAUCUCCCCAGGGCACAAAACCGUGACGAUGUUCCGAUCCAAACGACACCGCGGCAGAUAUUCAAUCCCUUUAAAAAAGAAAUUAUUUAUGGUGCUGCAGCAUCAGCGAUUCAUUCGGUCGUCUUCAGUAGCUCUGGACUGUACACAUUUGGCAAGAAUGAGGGCCAGCUUGGUCUCGUCGAUUCAGAUGCACGCUCGCUGGAGGCUCAGACAACACCCAGGCGUGUGGGGGCAUCACUUUUCAGUGCCGGAAUUCAAAUGGUCACUGCCAUUGAUCAUGCUACAGCCGUGCUUCUCCAGAACCAUGAAGUCUGGGUGUUUUCGCAGUAUGGCUAUUCGAAGAUUACCUUCCCUCUAGAUAUCAGCUCGAGAUUUAUCAGAGACAGUUUCAUGGCCACCCGAUACGAUACUUCGGUCAAUCACAUCGCGAAGAUCACGUCUGGUGGAAGCGCCAUCUGUGCCCUGUCUAGUUCUGGUGAUGUAUUCACUGUCCAAGUCAACAAAUCGGAGAACCCUCCAGCUUUAACAUCGACGACAAACCCAUCUAAGAUCAAAAAUUCACUUUCCUCUCCGACUCGGGAGUGGUCCGUGAAGAGAUCCCACAUGGCUGUUAGGGAUGUUGAUGUCGGGCAGGAUGGUUCAAUCAUUAUCUGCACAAAUUCCGGUUCUGCAUGGCGAAAGGAAAAGCGUCACAAGUCUAAAGGGGCAUUGAAGGAUUACAAAUUUGUUCGUAUUCCCGGGCUUUCGCGAGUUGUCGGUGUGCGCAGUAACGCCUUUGGAGCGUACGCAGUCGCCCAACGAGAUUGCAAUGUGACUCGGGAGCAGAUCAAGAUUGACCAGAGUACUUUGUGGAACGAUCUUCUGCCACUGUCGCCGUUUGAUUCUUUAAUGACGACAGUCGAUGCUGCACAAACCACCGAGAACGAUUCUUUGGAAUCUGGAUUUGGCCCCGUUAUGUCCAUCAAACGGACAGUCCUGUCAAUCCCAGAUAUCGAGUCCCGUUUUCUAUCUGGGCAGCUCGAUGCACCUAAUGGAACAGUCUGGCUCUCGAGCUCACAGUCCGAGGCGCGGAUUUCUGUCCAUGAGAUUAUAUUAACCGGACGCAGCCCAAUUCUACGGAGAGCUUUCCACCAAUUCCGGCAGAAUUAUUACUUCUCAAUACCUGAUGUCCUUGACCUCGAAUACGGACACGACGGAAGAAGUCAAAUACGGUUCCACGACGUUGAUUUCUUGGCCGUCCUAAAUCUUGCAUUCUUCCUGUACACAGACAACACGCUGGAUGUUUGGCAGCUAACCAGAAUUUCGCCCGAACAUACCACGAAAUAUCGUCAAGUCCGUACAGAAGUCAUGCGGAUUGGCAUGCACUUGGAGCUACCAACUUUGGAGCGAGCAGCUAGGCUGAUGAUCGAACCCACCAAAGCUUUGAAGACGGAUAUGGCUCGGGCAAUCAAUGACCCCUCAUUCUUCGAGAACGCAGAUGUGGUCGUUGAAUUGAGCGGCGGGACUCGAAAAGUGCAUAGCCAGGUCGUUUGUCAGCGGUGUCCGUUUUUCGAAGCGCUGUUCCAUGGCCGCUCCGGUGGCAAGUGGUUGUCGUUGCGUUGUACUGACCCCAACGAUGCGGUCCAUGUCGACCUCAAGCACAUUGAUCGAUCAGUGUUUGACUUCGUUCUCCGUCACAUAUAUGCAGACACGGAGGAGCAGCUCUUUGACGAGGUUCGGUCGGAGAGUCUUGAGGAUUUCAUCGACUUGGUGUUCGACGUUGCGUUCACGGCAAAUGAGUUGAUGAUCGAUAGAUUGGCUCAGGUGUGUCAGAAGAUGCUAGGCAGGUUCGUGCACAACCGUAAUGUCUGCUAUCUUCUCAACAUAAUUGCACCUUGCUACGUCAAGGAGCUCAAGGAUGCUGCGCUGGAGUACAUCUGCUUGAACUUAGAGGACCUGCUAUCAAAUGGACUUCUGCAAGGCCUUGAUGAAGAACUGCUUAGCGAACUUGAUUCGGUUUGCCAUGACAAUCAAAUGGCCUGCUUCCCCAUAUCUCGGGGUCGUAACUCUGACGAUUAUAUCUUCGAGAAAUACCCGGAGCUUGUCGCUCUAGUCGAGCGUGACAAGCAAAGGAUGAUCGAUUCGAUGAAGCUUCAGACGCGCAUCGGCCGGGUUGAGACCCGACAAAUGGGCCAUGACAAGCCAGGGCCGCCAUCUGCGUCGAAAGCGAAGGCAGGGCCGUUGAGGGAAUUCGCGAACGUAGCGAGAAGCCCUGUCUUGAAGUCCAAGCAGUCUACCAAUGACUUGAUAUUUGAGAUGGAUGAAGAAGCUGUGUUGUCGCCUGGUAAUUCAAUGAAAGGAAAGACACCGAUUCGGGGACCUAAGCAAGUUGACGUGACGGAGUCUCCUUUGCUUGGGUCUAGUCUUAUCGAAGAGGAAUCAUUCGGUGACCGGAGCUUCUUGGACGGUCAGAUGGCGUCGCCUCAAGACACACUUCUUGCGGAGUCGCCAUCAGAAACCCGAGCCGGAGCAUUGCAGAAGGAGAAGAACGGGGUGUCUCUUACUCCAAACAUGGGCACCCCGGCUCCUUGGGGAUCUCCAAUGGCAACUGGCAAGAAAGACCUGAAAGACAUCAUGGCCGAGACGUCAGGCACCCGGGUAUCCAACUUGAGUUUAGGCAUGUCCAAGGAAGCUCGACGAGAAAGCAGCAACGCCGCGCCAAAACUAUCUCAAAAGGAACGGAAAAAGCUUCAGCAGCAGCAGAUGCAGGAAAGACUUGCCGCGGAGCAGAAAGCCAAGGAGGCAGCACAGAAUCCUUGGAAAUUGCCAUCGGCUCCUGCCAAUAAACCCGAUCCUCCACUGGGGAUGAACGGACAAGGGCCUCAACCUAUGAAGACCCCUCAACGGCCUGCCAUGACCCUCCGUCAAACUGUUGCGGGUACAGCACCUCCCUCGAAACUCUCAGCACCUGUACAGACACAAAGCCGCAGCGUUUCGGCCAAUGUGCCUACACCAUCGCCAUUAAAAUCCUCCGCAGCUUCUGGACCAUCUACAACACCUAUCCCCUUCGCUCCAUUACCAAGCAACAACACACAGCCACAACCGCCAGCCAUCCAAUCCGUCCGCCAUAUUCCUCGCCCAGAACCCUACCAAACCAGCUUCCAUACGCCCUCGGCCAACUCCCUCUCACUAGCUGCCAUCCUAAUGCAACAGCAGACAGAAAAAGACGAGAUACACGAGGCUGCAACUGCAAAGCACAACCUCCAGGAGAUCCAGGCCGAGCAGGAGUUCCAGGAAUGGUGGGAUAAGGAGAGUAGACGUGUGCAAGGGUUGCCCGAUCCAGAGCAACCAGAGUCUUCGUCUGCGGUUCAAGAAGGAAAAGACACGCGGGGUGGUCGUGGGAAGGGGUCAUCUCGCAAUAGCAAUAGCAACAAUAACAACAAGAGACGAGGUGGUGGCGCUGGAAGGGGUAAAGAUGGUAGUGGUGGUGGUAGUGGCCCUCGACCUGCAUCGGAUGCUUCCGCCUUGACGCAACAGCUCAACCGACAUCGUUCUGAAAACAACAACCGAGGUAAACGACAGCAGCCCCAGCAGCAGCAGCAGAACAGUCAUACUCCUGCAAGCCAACCACGCGGCCACGGCGGGAAUCGCGGUGGCGGCGGUGGCAGAGGAGCCCGUGGGAGAGGUGGUGGUAGAGAACGGGCUAGGGUAUGA